AAAUACAAAUAAUUGUGUGUUGGUUCGCAGAAGGGAAAAAACAGUUCAGUGUGAAGGAAAAUUUUGAUACGAGAGAGGAGAAGAAAAAAAUCAUUGUGUAAAAUUAAAUCGUAAUUUUUUUUCCGAUAUCGAUAAACUGUGUAUUGUCUGUAAAAAAAGCAAGUGCAAAGGAUAUGAAAAUCGUGUAUGCGUAGCUGAAAGCAGUCGAUGUCAUAACCUAUGACAAUCUGCUAAUCCAAAUUUUAUGUUUAGGUCUAUUUUAUACAUCUGCAAGCGUUUAAAUUAAAGAUGGGUGACGUUGAUCCAGAAACUUUACUAGAAUGGCUGUCCAUGAGUCAAGGCGAUGAGCGUGACAUGCAAUUAAUUGCCUUAGAGCAACUUUGCAUGCUACUGCUUAUGUCUGACAAUGUUGAUCGUUGCUUUGAGAAUUGCCCACCACGCACAUUUGUUCCAGCCUUGUGUAAGAUAUUUCUUGAUGAAUUGGCACCAGAAAAUGUGCUCGAAGUUACAGCCAGAGCAAUCACCUACUAUCUCGAUGUAUCAGCUGAAUGCACACGUCGCAUCGUAGCAAUCGAUGGAGCGAUUCGUGCAAUUUGUAAUAGAUUAAUUGUUGCCGAUUUAACCAGUCGAACAAGCCGUGAUUUAGCCGAACAAUGUAUAAAAGUGUUGGAAUUAGUUUGUACACGUGAGGCUGGUGCAGUUUUUGAAGGCGGCGGCCUUAAUUCUGUGCUAUCAUUUAUACGUGACUGUGGAUCGCAGGUACACAAAGAUACAUUGCAUUCAGCAAUGUCCGUCGUUUCGCGACUUUGCACAAAAGUUGAGCCACAAAGUUCAACGAUCAAUGAAUAUGUCGAGAGUUUGAGUAAAUUGUUACAACAUGAAGAUCAAAUGGUAGCUGACGGUGCGUUAAAAUGUUUUGCUUCUGUUGCGGAUAGAUUCAUACGGAAAGGUGUUGAUCCACAACCGCUAGCUGAACAUGGUUUAGUCAAAGAACUACUCAAGAGAUUGAGCAAUGCAGCUGGUCAAACUGCACCAUCAACAUCGACAGGUAAUACACAAGAAUCAACUUCAACGUCAGUAACACCAAAAUCCCAAUCAGCCCCUGAAAAUGGUCGUUCAGUACAAUCGAUUUCAACAACAAUUUCAUUAUUGUCAACACUUUGUCGUGGUUCACCAAGUAUAACCCAUGAUCUUUUACGCUCAAACUUGCGCGAAGCAAUGGAACGGGCUCUAAAAGGCGAUGAACGAUGCAUAUUGGAUUGCAUGCGCUUAGCAGACCUUUUGCUUAUGCUUUUGUUUGAAGGAAGAGAAGCAUUAAGUCGCGUUGGUUAUUCACAAAGUCAAUACACACCUCGUGUGCGACGAACAGAUUCUACACAUGAAAGAACGCAUCGACAACUAAUCGAUUGUAUUCGAAGCAAAGAUAGUGAAGCAUUAAUUGAAGCUAUCGAAAUGGGAGGCAUUGAUGUGAAUUGUAUGGAUGAUGUCGGUCAAACAUUACUAAACUGGGCAUCUGCAUUUGGUACAUUUGAAAUGGUCGAAUAUCUGUGCGAGAAGGGUGCCGAUGUGAAUAAAGGACAACGAAGUUCAUCACUACAUUAUGCAGCAUGCUUCGGUCGACCGAGCAUCGCAAAGGUUUUGCUCAAACAUGGAGCAAAUCCAGAUUUACGUGAUGAAGAUGGAAAAACACCGCUAGAUAAAGCUCGAGAACGUGUCGACGAAGGACAUCGGGAGGUGGCUUCAAUAUUGCAAUCGCCAGGAGAAUGGAUGUCAGCUGGUCGAUCCGAUCAAAAGUAUAAUGCAUAUGACGGCACAAGUGAACCACGUGGUGAUUCCGAAAUGGCGCCCGUAUAUUUGAAAUUCUUUUUACCGUUAUUUUGCAAAACAUUUCAAAGCACCAUGCUAGGCAGCAUUCGAAAAUCGAGCUUAGGUUUAAUAAAAAAGAUGAUACAAUACGCGCAGCCAGACUUAUUGACUCAAUUAUGUUCAUCACAGAAAGAGAACUUGGGUAUUUUACUCGUAGAAGUAGUAGCAAACGUUCUUGAUGUUGAGGAUGAUGAAGAUGGACAUUUUGUAGUGCUAAACAUUCUCGAGGAAAUUAUGCUGAAAACUGGAAACGAGUUUUUGGAUAAUUUCGCGCGACUUGGAGUUUUUUCGAAAGUCCAAGCACUAAUGGACGAUGAGUCUGAGAGCGAAAUGAGUUCGGUAAUAAAAUCUCCAAUGGAUUCAGAUGUGCCAAUACAGCCUUCAACAUCAACGGCUGCUUCAGAAGAUUCUGGUACAAAAUGCGAUGAAAGCACUGAAGAUGCAAAAGAGAUACUGCAGGGCAAAGCUUAUCAUUGGCACGAAUGGAAUAUUUGCCGAGGUAGAGAUUGUUUGUAUGUAUGGUCCGAUUCUGCAGCGUUAGAAUUAUCAAACGGUUCAAAUGGAUGGUUUCGAUUUAUUCUUGAUGGGAAAUUGGCAACAAUGUACUCAAGUGGCAGCCCAGAAAACGGAAACGAUAAUUCAGGAAAAGGCCGAGCAUUGGAAUCCAUAACAAGUGAAGAAAAUCGUGGUGAAUUUUUGGAGAAAUUACAACGUGCCAGAACAGGAGUUCGAAGUGGCAGUCUUUCACAGAAUAUUUUAUCGACCGUGUGUCCAUUACGAUUAGUUGUUGGUAACUGGUUGUUGAGCUGCCAGAAAGAAGGUCAAUUGCAUAUAAAUAACACAGAGAGUCAACAGGUGACCAUACUGCAAGAUGAAUUACCCGGUUUCAUAUUCGAAAGUAAUCGAGCAACAAAGCAUACGUUCCGAGCUGAAUCAAAUCUCGGACCAGAUUUUGCGUCUGGUUGGUCGACACAAAGAAAGAAAAAAGUUCGUUCAAAAACCGAAGCACAAAAGGUUCAAGUAAAACACAAGGCUCGUGACUUAUACAAUCGUUAUUUCAAAGCAGCACAAGCUGUACCAAGAGGUGCUGUCGCCAAGUUAUCACAAAUUGUCACUUUAUUGGAGCAAUCAAUGAGUGAACAAUGUUCAUAUCGUGGCAACAAAAAUCAAACAAGUGAUUGGCAAACAAAACUACGCAAAGCGUUCAAUGAUUUGGCUGAAUUAUUACAUGAUGAAGAUGGUGUUGUAAGUGCCUAUGAAAUGCAUAGUUCGGGAUUAGUUCAAGCGCUGCUUACAGUGCUUUCGAAAAAUGCUUGGGAAAAUGAUUUACCACGAAAUAAAAUAAAUAAAUUUCACAAGCAACGAGUGGCGAUAUUCAAGCAGUGCAUUCUAAAUAAUGCCAAAAAUGAUACAGCAUCCAUGUUGGUCCAAAAAUUGGUUGCCGUUCUUGAGAGUACGGAAAAAUUGCCCAUCUACAUUUAUGAUGGACACGGUUCUGGAUAUGGAUUACAAAUUUUAACGAAGCGUCUGCGAUUCCGUUUGGAACGAUCACCAUGUGAAACUACAUUAUUCGAUCGAACUGGACGAUCACUAAAGAUGGAGCCGCUUGCAACCAUCGGUCAAUUGGCAAAAUAUCUAAUGCGAACCGUUGCCAAACAAUGGUUUGACAUGGAUCGUUCAACAUUUAUUUUUCUAAAGAAGUUAAAAGAAGAAGAAAUCGUAUUCAAACAGCAACAUGAUUUCGAUGAAAAUGGCCUAAUUUAUUUCAUUGGAUCGAAUGGAAAAACAACCGAAUGGGUGAAUCCAGGACAAUAUGGUCUUGUGAAUGUCAGCAGUUCAGAAGGAAAGCAUUUGCCGUAUGGUAGACUGGAAGAUAUUCUGUCUCGUGACUGUGUUAGUGUUAAUUGUCACACAAAAGAUAAUAAAAAGGCCUGGUUUGCUAUCGACUUGGGAGCAUUCAUCAUACCUACUGCGUACACAUUAAGGCAUGCUCGCGGCUAUGGGCGGUCGGCUCUACGACAUUGGCUAUUACAAGGCUCAAAAGAUUCAGUGAAUUGGGUAACACUAGUUACACAUAAUGAUGAUCGAAGUUUAACCGAGCCUGGAAGCACUUGUACUUGGGCUAUUUUCUGCCCUCCAGAGGAAACUGAAGGAUUCAGGCACAUUCGUAUCCAGCAAAAUGGACGCAAUGCAUCAAAUCAAACUCAUUAUUUGAGUUUGAGUGGCUUUGAAAUUUACGGUCGUGUGGUGUCCGUGUGCGAAGAUAUGGGAAAAACAGCCGUCAAAGAAGCCGAAGCAAAAGUUCGCCGUGAACGAAGACAAGUGCGAUCGCAGCUAAAACACAUAACAGAAGGAGCAAGAGUAGUACGUGGCGUAGAUUGGCGAUGGGAUGAUCAAGAUGGGACAGGUGAAAAUAGAGUCGGAACAGUCACAGGUGAAAUUCAUAAUGGUUGGAUUGAUGUGAAAUGGGAUCAUGGUAUUCGUAAUUCAUAUCGUAUGGGCGCUGAAGGAAAAUACGAUUUAAAAUUGGUCAAUUGUGAUAAUUUGCCACUACUUGAAGCCGGAUGUUCAACAUCAAAUACACCAGCCUUACCAACAUCAACAAAGAAAUAUGAACAGUCCAAUGUAUUAGUGAAUCGAAAAUCCAGUUCGACGCCGAGUCUUCCAGAAGCAACCGAAAAUCUCAAUAUAAACUCAGUUGCAUCCACAGAUCAAGCUUCGUCUGCCGACAACUUAACAUGGAAACAGGCCGUUGAAACAAUUGCCGAAAAUGUGCUCACAUCGGCAAAAUCAGAUAUUGUAUCCGGAACGGAAGAAAAGCCAAACAAUCAACCAGAUAUAUCGGUGCAUGCAUUGCGUGAACUCGAACAUCAUCAUGAUCUAUCGCUGAUAAAUCAUACUCAAAAUGCGACAACCUCAUCCGAUUUAGCCACAAUCACAGAGAAUUACACUUUGGGAAAUGAAAAUGUGAAAUGCAAUAUUGCAUCGAGUAGUGCAUUUGCACGUGAAGAUAAAUUGACAAAUAUUGAAGCAAACAAUAAAAUGAAUACAAGCAAUUCAGUGAAUUCGAUUAGUAAAACGCUUUUGGGCAGCUUACGUGGUUGUACAGCCAGCAGGGUGUCACAAAUUUCAUCGGAAACAUUGGAUGUGAUUGAUAAAAUGCGAGAAAUUCGAAACAGUACAAACAACAUCAUAUCAUCUGAAAUUUUACAAAUUCCACCAAAUGCUCAUUUGAUGGCAUCUGCGCCAGUGAAACUGACAUCUGUACAAAAACAUUCAACCGCAUCGUCGUCAGAUGGUGAAAAGCAUCGUGGCAAAUUCAAGUCCAGCCAUGGUUUAAAACAAAACAAACGACAAAUUGUUACAGUCGAAGAAAGUUGCACACCGACCACAACAUCAAUAGUUCCAAUUGUCGUUAGUUCAAUUCAAUCUGUUCCUACAGCAACAAUAUCAAGCCCAUCGGCCGCACCACAAUCUCAGACCGAGACGACAAGCACUGUUCAAGAUGAAAACAAUGCAUCAAAUAGUUGUGACGAUGUUGUCGGCAAUCCAAUGAGCAUAAGCGUGCCAAAUCUGGCUACAUCGAAUGAAAGCGCAAGCCAAAUUGUACCUGUCUCACCCCCUGGCUUGUUAGAAACAUUUGCUGCACUUGCUUCAAGGCGCCGUACCUCAGGAAGUGGUUUUCAAAGCAACAAUCAGCCAAUUCACAAUUUGAAUCAAACCAAUUCGUCGAAUGUAAACACAAGCCAACAACAGAGUAGUUUUUUCCCACGCGGACCAAAUUCAGUCUCAAGUCUUGUGAAAAUGGCAUUGUCAAGCAAUUUCCACAGUGGCUUACUGAGCACAGCCCAAAGUUAUCCAAGCCUCACUUCGUCAGCUACAAGCACAAGCACCAACAUUUUGAAUAGUUGUUCACGUGUAACAUCUGGAAACUCUGGCCAAGCAACAUCUAUAAAUCCAACACUAACCAUGAGUUUAACAUCAACUUCAAGCGAUAGUGAACAAGUUAGUUUUGAAGACUUUUUAGAUAGUUGCCGCGGUGGACCAACAUUGCUUGGAGAAUUGGACGAUGAAGAGGGUAUGGAAGAUUCAAACGAAGAUGAAGAUAAUGAUGAAGAAUUUGAAGAUGUUGGAAGCACAUUGCUACAAGUGAUGGUAUCAAGAAAUCUAUUGAGUUUCAUGGACGACGAAACUCUUGAAAAUCGCCUGGUUGCUGCUGGAAAGCGUAAAUCAUGGGAUGAUGAUUUUGUUAUUAAACGACAAUUUUCAGCGUUGAUUCCAGCAUUUGACCCAAGACCCGGCCGAACAAAUGUAAAUCAAACGUCAGACUUGGAUAUUCCCCCGCCCGGUUCAGAAAGCGAGAGUAAAUCUUCAACUGUAACUCAGAUGGCACAACCAUCAUUGAUUUUAAGCAUCCGAGGUCCAAAUAUCAAUGGUGUUGCCGAUGUUGAAAUUCCCCUAUCAAAUCCAGAUUGGACAAUAUUCCGAGCCGUUCAAGAGCUCAUUCAGCAAACGUCAAUGUCUAAACAAGAUAAAAUGCGAAAAUUAUGGGAAGCAACCUAUACUAUUAUUUACAAGAAAUCCAACAGGGACGAUGAAUUUGGAACCGAAGAAGAAAAAACGACACCAGUAGUUUCGAUAAUGUCUCCGGGACAAAGCAGUACGUCAACAUUAUCGCCAAACUCACCAAUUGCACUCAAUCGAAAUCAGUGUUCAAUCGACGAUGUACUUCAAUUACUAACACAAAUGAAUGCAAUCAACGAUGAUCCAGCAUCGUUUAACACAUCGAUGCCGUCCGAAAAUCCACUAUGUGAAUUGAACUCUGAUCUAUUUUUGAGCAAGAAAAUUACAAACAAAUUGUUGCAACAGAUUCAAGAUCCGUUAGUGUUGUCGUGUCACAGUUUGCCACCAUGGUGUGAGAAUUUAAAUCAAUCCUGUCCAUUUUUGUUCCCAUUUGAGACGCGGCAAUUGUACUUCAACUGCACAGCAUUUGGUGCAUCGCGCAGCAUUGUUUGGCUUCAAUCACAACGUGAUGUUACAUUGGAAAGACAACGUGUGCUUGGAUUAAGUCCACGCCGUGAUGAACAACAUGAAUUCCAUGUUGGACGAUUGAAGCACGAACGAGUUAAGGUUCCUCGCAACGAUAAUUUACUUGAAUGGGCAAUGCAAGUGAUGAAAGUGCAUUGCAAUCGUAAGACAGUACUGGAGGUUGAAUUUUUGGGUGAAGAAGGAACGGGUCUGGGUCCAACACUUGAAUUUUAUGCACUUGUUGCAGCCGAAUUGCAACGAUCCGAUCUAUCAAUGUGGUUACACGAUGACGAAAUGAAAAUUACUGAAUGUGAAGACACCUAUUUAGCAGAAGGGGCCAAACCAAUUGGAUACUAUGUUCAACGUGCAUCUGGCCUGUUUCCAGCACCAUUGCCACAAAAUUCAGAGCAAUGUGAACGUGUAUCGAAAUAUUUCUGGUUUUUGGGUGUAUUUUUAGCAAAAGUACUUCAAGACUCGCGUUUGGUUGAUUUGCCAUUAUCAAAGAGUUUUCUACAACUGCUGUGUCACAAUAAGAUUCUUUCCGAUACCCGAAAACUCACAGCGUUAAACAAAAAAUACAAUGAAGACAUUAUGGUAUCUAGUAUCAUGUCCGAAGAAAGUGAAAUCGAUGUGUCUGACACAUUGUCCAAACUACAAAUACAAACUUUCACUCAAGCAGCUUGGUACGAAGAUAUUUUGACACAGUCCAAUCUUGAAGAAAUCGAUCCAAUACGCGCUAAAUUCUUGCAAGACCUACAAAAGUUGGUUCGUAAGAAGCAAACCAUCGAACAAGAUGAUACCACCGACGAUCAGGAAAAAGAGCGACAAAUCAAUGAAAUCAAGUUCGAAACCAACUCAGGAGCCGUAUCAAUUGAAGAUUUAUCCUUAACAUUCACUUAUUUUCCCAGUUCAAGUGUUUACGGAUAUACCUCUGUGGAUUUGAUCGAGAAUGGAUCAAAUAUUGACGUUACCAUUGAGAAUCUCGAAGAAUAUUGUGAUUUAACAUUAAACUUCUGCUUAGAACGCGGCAUUGCAAAACAACUAGAAGCUUUCCAUCAUGGAUUCUCACAAGUAUUUUCGGUCAAUAAAUUAGCUGCUUUUACACCGGAUGAAGCACGAAUGAUGAUUUGUGGCGAACAGAAUAUCAACUGGACUCGUGACGAUUUACUCAAUUACACAGAACCAAAAUUGGGCUACACUAAAGAAAGUCCUGGAUUCCUUCGUUUCGUAAACGUUUUGGUCAAUAUGAACAGUCAAGAACGGAAAUUGUUCUUACAAUUUACAACGGGCUGUAGUUCUCUGCCGCCAGGUGGUUUGGCCAAUUUACACCCACGAUUAACCAUUGUACGUAAAGUUGACGCUGAUGCAGGCAGUUAUCCUUCAGUGAACACAUGUGUUCAUUAUCUCAAAUUGCCGGACUAUCCCAACGAAGAAACUUUACGCGAAAGACUUUUGAUGGCAACCAAAGAGAAAGGUUUUCACCUCAAUUAAAAAUGGUGCAAAUGCCACCAAAAAUCCGUUAUGUAUGUCAAUAUAAAAGAUACUAGAAGAGACACAAUUCACUCCCAACAUAUGGCACACGCAGCAUUCGGAGAAUAUAAUAAAAAUAAUAAUCAGAGUUUUUUUCCCUUCUUUUGACCUCUUAUAUUCAAUUUAAUAUUCAUAUUUUGUUUUUGUUUUAAGUUCAACUAAAGAUACUGCGUGAUUCAAAAUCGUGAUGUAGAUGAUGAUGUUUUUGUCUCAUUUUUUCACAGACGAAGCAAAUGCAAAAUUAUUUAAAUCUUUAUUUUAGGGAAAAUGUUCUUACAAAUAUAUAGAGAUACAGAUAUUAACAAAAUCAUCAACAUAUAACUAAAACACUCUAAUAAUUUCUCCCAUUGUUUCUCUAUUCAACUGUAAUUAAAAAUAAUUAGAAUGAAUUAAAACUUUAAAUACAGAACGAACCAUAGAAUAAAUAUCAAAAAAGGACUUUUGUCAGCUUUUACAUGUAUGCUAAGGCUUGACAAUACAA